GCUCAAAAACUGUCAAACCAAGCCGAGUUGAAACUCGUCUUAAAACAGUCAUUUGAGUCAUCAUUCUGUUAGUGAGAAGAAAGAUGAGUUCCCCUGGAUUCGAAUCGGCCAGAAAGCCGCACGCGGUUUGCAUUCCAACCCCGGCACAAAGCCACAUCGGGGCCAUGCUCAAGCUAGCGAAGCUCCUCCAUCACAAGGGCUUCCACGUCUCCUUCGUCAACACCGAGUUCAACCACCGACGGCUCGCCAGAGCCCGAGGCCUCGAGUUCGCGAGCGGAACGCCGAGCGACUUCCAGUUCCUGACGAUCCCCGAUGGCCUUCCUCCUUCGGACACGGGUGCGACGCAGGACAUCCCGACGCUCUGCGACGCAACGAGGAGCCAUAUGUUCGGCCCCUUCAGCGAUCUCGUAUCAAGCCUGGGCUCAGACCCAAGUGUCCCGCCGGUGACUUGCAUCGUCUCGGACGGUUUCAUGACGUUUACCACGAGUCCCGCGGCUUCAAAAUUUGGGAUUCCGCUUAUACACUUGUUCCCUAUACCAGGUUGUGCUAUCAUGGCGAUGAAACAUUUGCGAGCCCUCGGAGAAAACGGUCUUGCACUACUCACAGAUGAAUCCCAAUUGAUGAACGAGCAUGGGAACACCCCUAUUGACUGGAUCCCGGGAAUGAAAAAUAUGAGGCUGCGCGACAUGCCCAACUUCCUCCGAUUCACUAGCUCCGCGGACGCCUUGUUCAACUUCACCGCCGACAUCAGCAGUAGGACUAGCGAUGCCACGGCAACCAUCGUCCACACCUUCGAGGCGCUCGAGCCGGACGUGCUACAUGCCCUCUCCUCAAUGAUCCCUAGGGUUUAUGCAGUCGGACCACUCCACCUAAUGAUCGAUCGAAUCGCUCGAGAAAAUACGUUCGCCUCAAAGCACAUCGAGGGCAAUCUCUUGGAAGAGCACGACGAGUGCCUCCAGUGGUUGGACUCGAAGGAGCCCGAGUCUGUGAUCUAUGUGAACUUUGGGAGUCUAGCGUCUAUGACGCACCAACAGCUAGUUGAAUUUGCGAUGGGACUGGCUAAUAGCGACCAGUGUUUCUUAUGGAUCUUGAGGCCAGACUCAGUGGAUGGAGACAUAGCGAUUCUUCCCGAAAGGUUCGUGGAGGAAACAAGAGAGAGGGGCUUUAUAUCUGGGUGGUGCCCGCAAGAGAGAGUGUUGUACCACCCUUCGAUCGGAGGGUUCUUGACGCACUGUGGCUGGAACUCGACUAUCGAGAGCUUAUCGGCCGGAGUUCCGAUGCUGUGUUGGCCAUGCUUCGCAGAACAGCAGACAAACUGCAAGUACAUCUGUGAUGAUUGGGGGGUCGGGUUGGAGAUGAAUGGUGAUGCGAAGAGAGAUGAAGUGGAGAGGCUGGUGAGGGAGUUGAUGGAAGGAGAGGUGGGGAAGAAAAUGAGAAGCAAGGCCAUGGAGUGGAAGAAAUUGGCGGAAGAAGCAGCUGGUGAAGAAGGCUCGUCUUCCAUGAAUUUGGAUAAGUUGCUGGACGAGGUUUUGUCUAAAUGAUGUAAUUUGUUUUUUUUUUUUUUUUCGUUAUGCGCUAUGUUUCCUCCAUUUCUAGUUGGAGGAGAAGAUUUUCUCCAAUAAAGUCCUCUAAUAAAUUGAGU